GGGAGUCCAUCCAUUGCAGCAAAAACCAGAGCGCAGAAACCAACGAUGCGCAUUCAAACGAAAGGGGGUGACACUCUGCAUCUCCUAAAGUGUUGUGUGAGGUCUGGUGCCUCUCACAGUGGUGCAUUUGUUUCCUGGAGAGGUGAACACUGGCGCCAUACUAGCAAGGAAGCCCACCAGUAUAAUGUGAGCCGUUGGUAGACCUUUUGGUCGGAGGUGUGAAUUAUUGGGUUAGUGAGUUUUCCGUGCUGUAUGGCCAUGUUCCAGAAGCAUUCUUUCCUGACGUUUCGCCUGCAUCUAUGGUAGGCAUCCUCAGUUGAGAAUGUUUCUGGAACAUGGCCAUUCAGCCCAGAAAACUCACAGCAACCCAGUGUUUCGACAACACGGUGUGAAUUAUAUCAGGGGCCAUAUUCGUUCUCUCUCCUUUAUUUAAACCUCCCUCUAUUUUCGAAAUAGAAAAGAAGCAAUUCAGAUUUUGAGAUUGGUUUGGCUAGGACAUUAUUUUUAUAUCGACCACUGGACAUUAUUUCUGCUGCCUGUUUAGAAUUGGGCGCCAAAGAGGCAUUAACGCCUCAGCCAGUGGCUGCAAAUGGUAACCAGGAUGCAUUUCCUCCCUCCCUUUUCUCACUAAAAUGCGUACACUGCUGUUGGAAUAUAUUUUGAUUUAUCCCAGCCAGUAAACAACCCCCGAUUUCUGCCUAUUCCUGUGCUGCUGUUCAUCACAUAACAUAAUACAGUCUUCGCCUCUCGUUCUCCUUCCUGUUCCUCUGCGUGUUGGUAUUACACAGAUAAAUAACAUGCACAAUUGCGCCAGCCUUUUGCAGGCUGGAAAGACUCUCAAACAAAUCCAGUAAGAUUUUCAAUACACUCUAAAGCUCCUUCCACACAGCUGAAUACAAUCUCACAUUAUCCACUUUGAAGUGGAAUACAUGGCAGUGUGGACUCGGAUAAUCCAGUUCAAAACAGAUAUUGUGGGAUUUUCUGCCUUGAUGUAUUGUCGAAGGCUUUCAUGGCCAGAAUCACUGGGCUGUUGUAGGUUUUUCCGGGCUAUAUGGCCAUGUUCUAGAGGCAUUUUCUCCUGACGUUUUGCCUGCAUCUAUGGCAGGCAUCCUCAGAGGUAGUGAGGUGAUUUUCUGCCAUGAUAUUCUGGGAUAAAGAGCUGUGUGGAAGGGCCCUCAGAUAACCCAAUUCAGAGCAAAUAUUGCGGGAUUUUCUGCCUUGAUAUUCUGGGUUCUAGGGCUGUGUGGAAGGGUCCUCAGAUAACACAGUUAAAAGCAGAUAUUGUGGGGUUUUCUGCCUUGAUAUUCCGGGUUAUAUAGCUGUGUGGAAGGGCCCUUUGUGUCAGAACCGAACAGGGUUGUUUUAAUCCGCAGCCGGAAAGACUUUGUCGUCAAGGGCGUUUCAAGGUUGAACCGCGAAGGUUUCUGCUUUCUUUCUUUUUCUUUUUCCUCUUUUCGUAAAGUCAUAUAUAGAGCCUUGAAAGCACAUAUUUUCUCUCUCCUUUGUCCUACUUUUCUCAUCUCUACUCCAGGAUUAAUUGUUAAUAAAUUCAAGUAAAUAGAGAUUCUCUCUCACUAGGAGCAUUCAGGAUGAUAAGAAUUUGAUUUAUUUCUCAUACAGCCUCCUGGAAAGGACUCAGAGGAGGAAAUUUGUACAUUUGCGGGUUGUUGUUGCGUUUGUGGCCGCUUGUGUCUCUUCUUCGGCCGAGGGUCUUGUUGUUUAAACUUGACAUUGCACUAUGAGCAAGAGAAGAAAGAGAGGGUCGGCCUUGCAGAGAUGUUUGGAUAGUGUUGCCUGUUGCCAGAAGGAUUUUCUCUUUCUCUGAUGGGAUGCAGCGGGAUGUGCAUUUCUCUGUGUGUUAUUUAAUUUUUCUGCCUUAUUACAUUCUCUUGGGAAGCCUAGCAGCCAAAUAAGGGAGGGGGUGAUUUGAAGAAGCCAUUGCAAAUGCGCUAGCGAGAAACAUGGACUGUGUGACUCUCUGUUUGGAAAAUGUCCCUUCUCCUUCCCCCCCUCCCCAAAAAUAUCAUGAUCUCCCCCUCCUUUAUCUCCUUUAUCUCCCUUUAUCUCCUUCAAAUGACACUGAUCGUUGCCUGAGCUGAAAACCGUGGCAUUUAGCUAUUGAUUGGGUCUUCUGCUUCCAGAAACGAAUGGCUUUGCUUGGGAUUCAUACGCCCCACCCAAAGAUGUCUGAUGUAACCUCGUGUUUUGCGCGCCCCAAGGCUCCCACUUGCUGAAACGGGGAAGACAUCCCCAGACACGGGGGAGCCAGCCCUCUUUCCACCCCUUCCCUCUUUCUCCUUCUCUAUUUUUUCCACACAGUGAAACCAGAGUAAUGUUUGGGCUUCUAGGAAAGGAAGGGAGGGGAAGCAGCAAGGCCACUGCGCCGGGUGGAGAGUUUUUGGUCUGGGAAAGUAGAUGCUGCAAAUCAACCAAGGAAGGACCUAGACCUGAGGGGAGUUAAGGGGCCAGGAAAUGGGGGAGAAGCCUUUUUUUUUGCCCCAGGAACAGCUUGUAGCUUUCAACUCUUCUUCCCAUACUGGAGAUUGAGGAGUGUGGAGCAACAAUCCAGUCAAUGUGAUGCGUACUGUGAAGGAAAUAUGCCUCAAUUCUGAGGAAUAUGAAGAGGAAUAAUCUGUCACCUUCCUGGUUGCAUUCCCAAUCAUGGCUGGUUUUGGAAACAAGUGAGGAGAGGACAUGCAGGCAUACAGAGGAGGGCGAACUAUUCCUUCCUACUUACAUGGGGACUGUGCCCUUUCCUUUUUCUUUCUGUCUCUCUGUCUUUCUCUGCUUCUGGAGGGUGGCCUGGGUGUCAUUGAAUGUGUCCUGCAGGCAGACUGGGUUUGUUGCUGUGUGGAAGGGAGCACCUGGACGACAAAGAUGGGACGCCCAGGUGAUCUGCUGAUCUCCUGCCCUACCUCUAGCUCCCCAUCUCCCCAGGGCUGGUGAAGGGAGGGGGGAGAGAGAGGAGGGGCUGGAGAAAGGAAGGGUGGAGGGAAGAGCUGGGAAUGGUCCUAUUUGUCCAAACGAAUGUGUGCCUUGAGGCUGGCUGGUUGGGUGGGCGGUUGAGUGAGUGAGUGGGUGACUUGGGAAGGGUUUUUGGCGGAGGAGAGUGGGCAGCAAGGCAAAGCAAGGCAGGCAAGGAGGACGAGAAGGCGGAGAGGCUCAAGGAGGAGAGGGGGGGGGUCUGAUAUAGAUAUAAGGACAUUUCUCCCUGGGCUCCGUCACGUGACACAAUUACCCCUCGAAUCAAUCAAGAUGAAUUGCACGUCAGCAGCUCACGGUGGGAUUUCCCCCCCUUCCUGCCUCUCCUGGAGCUCCUUUAGCUUCUCCUCCUUUAGCUUCUCCUCCACUUCCUCCUCCUUCUUCGGGGCUGCUCCGGCUGCCGCCCACUCUCUCUCCGGGGGCAGAUAGAUGGGGCUCCUUGGCCAGCUCCCGGGCGCCGCUGGGCUCUGUGGCUGCUGCUGCUGCUGCGGUCGCUGCUGCUCCUUGCUGGUGGAGGAGGAAGAGGGGGAGGAAGAGGAGGAGGAGGAGGAGAAGACAUGAGCGACUUUGACGACUGCGGCAGCCACGGGGCCUCCAGCAUGUACCUCCCCACCGCCUACUACGUCUCCCCCUCGGAUUUCCCCAGCAAGCCCCCAUUCCUGCCCCAGUCGCCCUCCUGCCAAAUGGCCUUCCCUUACGCCUCCAACCUGCCGCCCCACGUGCAACCAGUGCGCGAGGUGGCGGGGUUCAGGGACUACACGGGAGGAAACGCGGGAGACGGCGGCGGCGGGGCGCGGGGCGGCAAGUGGCCCUACCGAGGGGGCGCCGUCACUUCCAACUACGGCUCCUCCGGCGGCAGCUACUACGAGGAGGUGAUGCAGGGCAGGGGGGACUUCCUGUCUCCGGCGGCGGCGGCUGCGGGCCCCGGGCGGAGGGUGGAGGUCCUCUUCAAGGCGGACCCCGUCUGCGGGGGCGCCCACCGGGGCCCCCACUUCUACCACGCCGCCAACUUCUACAGCGCCGUGGGCAGGAACGGCAUCCUCCCGCAAGGCUUCGACCAGUUCUACGAGGCCAGCCAAGGGGUCACGGCGUACCCGGAGACCCCGGAAGGAGGCGAGAGGAAGGGCGACCCCAAGGCCUCGGGCGGCUCUCCGGCUCCCAGCCAGGAGAAGAAGGGGGCAGCCAGCCCCGGAGGAGGCGGAGGCAGCGGCGAGGAGGUGACCUCGGGGGAGGCCGAGAAGAAGACCCCUGGAUCAGCCCCUCCUCAGCGGUCCCGGAAGAAGAGGUGCCCUUACACCAAGUACCAGAUCAGAGAACUGGAACGGGAGUUCUUCUUCAACGUCUACAUCAACAAAGAGAAAAGACUCCAGUUGUCUCGGAUGCUGAACCUCACGGAUCGACAGGUUAAAAUAUGGUUCCAAAACCGAAGGAUGAAAGAAAAGAAACUCAACAGGGAUCGACUGCAAUACUUCACGGGGAACCCCUUGUUUUGAGGGGGACCCACGGGGAUGGGAUGGAUGGGGGAAAGGAAGGAAUGGGCGCCCCCUUCCUUCUCGGCCUGCCUGCCCCACCGGGCACCAGGAGGUUUACAGGACACUCGAUCCGAGGA